AUGGCUCUGAAGGAGCUUCUUGGCCAUCGUGGCUAUCUCUCUGCUGCGCACCGCUGGUCUCCUCAGAGGACAGGAGGCCGCGUCGUACCUGUUGCAAUGCCGGAGCAUCGUAAAAUGUCGGAGAGGUCUACAAGAGACAGUGUCUCGUCAAAGAGAAGGAGAUUCUGGUCACUCUCUCCAAGUUCGCGCCGGCCGCUCAUUUCAGCCCCUUCAGACUUCCGCCAUGUAUCAACUGCUGCCGAUCCAUUUCUUGAUUUUCCUGAACCUACGCCAUCGAGAGCUUCGAAUCUUCGACCUGCGAAACAGUUACCUCAUCGCCCUUACCGCCCGCUCGAGUUGAGCAUCUAUCAGUCCGACAAUGGUGUAUCUCCUAUCAUGCCUCACUUUGAACCAAGGCCUGCGAACCCGGCCCCCUCAUCAGACUAUUCUGACUGUGUGUCGGAUAGCCAACCCGAAGAAGUGAAACCUUCAUUAGAGCAUCAGAAGAGCUUUUCAGAUUCUCCCAUGUCAUUCCACUUUCCACGUCGCCAAGCUCUGGGAAGUGCUCCUAGUUCCUCUCAUGGAGAAGAUGAGAUCCCGCCUUUGAUCCCCCCUAAGUCACCGGGUCGUCCUCGUGCGUAUAGCUCACCAGAUGUGGAAAAGGUCAAGGAACGAGUUGCGAAUGCUAUGCUAGAGGUUGAAAAACUCCAGAAGCAGAUUGACGAUGUCAUCGAGAGACAGAGUCUUUAUGUUCCUAGUCGACCACCAACUCCCCACUCGGUCGCCCGAACCAUGCCCGGUAUGAGCUCGAUCUACGGGCCUGGUGACGAACCGCUCCCGCCGACUUCUUCAGACCUGGAGCCCAUGCCGUCAAUUCCGGCUCUUCCCCCAGCAGCUCCUUCCUUUGCCCAGCGCCUCAACUCUGAUAUCAUUGAAAGACCACACACAGCACCCAUCAGGCCGCCUCGUACGCCUGUGAGAACUCCUAUCACACCACCUCGCAGAUCCCGAACUCCUGGUGAGCAAAGGUCACCUUCUACCCCUCCUUCUCGCCCCAGGCGAGAUGAUAUGCCCCCACCGCCACCUCUACCUUUAGUACUUCGACCUCCUCUGAGGAAGAAGAAGUCUUUUUCCCGGGUGUCGAGCUGGCUCUUCCCCGGGCCACAGCACAACCGUAACAUGAGUUUCGACUCUGUCACCAACGCUCCUCGUCCUAUCAGGGGCAACCAAGGAUUUUACCAAGUUUCGCUGGGCGGAGCAUCGGAACAUCGGCGGAGCACAGAGUCAGUCGAUACGGUCACUAGACUACGUGGCAAGGUCUUUGGGUAUUUGAAAUGCUAUGGUAAUGGGAUAAAAUAUUUGGGAAUUGGGUUUGAAUUAAAGAACUGGUUUCUGGGCGGCAGGGAGCUAUUGGCUCUCAUAAACAACUACAACAUCCCUGUCAAGAUAACCGAAGCAGUAGAAAUGGUUCGAAUUCCGCGCGACGACGCGCCCUCAGAAGCGAAUCGCUCAGAUGCAUCUGAUGCCGAUGCUGAGAGAGGGCGACUACUCUCUGGAAAUGAUGAUGAAGCUGAAGAGAGCUAUGCGGACGCCGAGCGACUUGAGAACUGGCAUACAGAGCAUAAGCGUCGAGAGACCCGACGAUGGAGCUACCUUGUCAUGGUAACCAGCACAGUUGCAUUGAUCACAGUACUCGCUAUUUGGGUUCACAACAACACACUGUCAUCUGGAUGUGAGUAUGACGGAAGCUGCAAUGACAUUUCCAAGCUCUGGGGACAGUAUUCUUCCUUCUUCUCUGUCCCAUCAGAGGUUGAUUCAUCAACACCGGAUGAUUGCGAGGUCACUAUAGGAAUCGCCCUGUCUCGUCAUGGAGCUCGAUAUCCAACCGCCGGCAAGACUACAGCAUACAGCGCCACCAUUGCCCGCCUCCAGAAAUCAGUGACCAACUAUGGCAAGGGCUACGAAUGGCUCAGUGACUACGAAUACAACCUCGGAUCUGAGGAUCUGACCGAUUUUGGUCAAGACCAGAUGAUUGAUUCUGGAAAGGCUUUUUAUGAGCGAUACAUCGGACUCGCUGAAAAGACGGAGCCUUUCAUCAGGGCAUCAGGAUCCGACAGAGUUAUCAUGUCGUCUCACAACUUCACACAAGGUUUCUAUGCCUCUCGAGGAGAGUCUGGAUAUGACUACACCGAUGACAUUCUUGUAAUUCCCGAGGAGCCCGGUAUCAAUAACACACUGUCACAUGGAACAUGUAGCUCGUUCGAGGACAAUGAUGAGGUUGGCGACAACAGUGCGCAGACCGCCUGGGGAAACAAAUUCCUGCCUCCUAUUCGGGAUAGACUCAACAGGAAUCUGCACAAAGCCAAACUGUCGCUACAGGAGACGAUCUAUCUCAUGGAUCUGUGCCCUUUCAACAUAGUCAACACUCCUGAUGGUGUAGGACAAUCCCGUUUCUGCGACCUUUUCUCCAUAGAAGAUUGGCGAAGCUACGAUUACUACAUGACUCUGGGCAAAUACUAUGAAUACGGUAAUGGCAACGCAAUGGGACCGACACAGGGCGUAGGAUACGUCAACGAGCUUGUUUCUCGAUUGACGAGGAAGCCUGUUGAUGACCACACCACAACCAAUCGCACGUUGGACGGCAAUCCUGAGACAUUUCCCCUGGACAGGGCGCUAUAUGCAGACUUCAGCCAUGACAACACCAUGGUGUCUAUUUUCUCAGCAAUGGGUCUGUACAACUCGACAAGCAAGCUGCCGAAACACCAUAUCGUGCCAGCUAUCCGAGCACAUGGCUACUCAUCAGCAUGGGUAGUCCCCUUUGCUGCGCGUAUCAUUGGACUUCUCAGGGAAUUGGAUAUGGAACUCUGCAGGGACUUAAACGCCUUUCUCCACUACAGCGGGCCACUGAUACUAAAUUCAGAGCCGGCAUCAGCGCCAAGCUCACUCCCAAAGCGGGAUCACAGAAAGAUGGUGUCGACGGCAGGAGGUAUCGUAAUCGCCAUUAUCGUCCUGCUCGUUGCAGGAGCUGUUGGAUGGGUUGUAUUCACACAGCUUCGUGCUCGCAGACUUGGUCUUCCCCCCCCAAGUCUCGCCUCGUAUCUACCAUGGCAUAAAGAAGACAGCGGCUAUGGAAUACAACCCGCCCCUAGCGGCAUCGCUGGCUGGUUCAACGACAAGAUUCGCAAAUUCAAGAACCGCAACAACCGAUCCGCCGCAGGCGCUUACGAGCAAUCCGGCGGUGCCCGCGGCCGUCGCGGCUUCGGUCCGCUCGACCCUGAUGAAGCGUGGGACUCGCGCGUUGGAAACGAAGCAGACCAAUAUGGAUACUAUGAAGAGGACGUUGGUGGUCGCGGCCGGGACACCGGAUACGGCGGUGGUUACAACAUGAACCUCGCGGCGACGCCGGGAUUGUCGGGCGGUCGAGGUUUCGACGAGGAGGAAGAUCGGGGUCGUAGGGCGAGCAGAAGUCCUGCAUCGGGACCUGGAGGACGUAACCCGUUCGAUGACGAUGCUGGUUCAAGUUUGCGCGGCGUGAGCCCUCGACCUAUCGACACGGGAGUUGCGAAACCCAAGAACAGAAGCGGCAGCGCCGAGAGCAGUCCGACAGAGCGACGGUCUGUGUUUAGGGAGAACAUGUAA